CAUUUAGCAGUAAUUUUCACUUUAACUUCAGCUUAGAUUAUUAUCAUUUGUCACACAGAGGGGACAUAAGCCUCAUCCCAACUGUAUUGGUUCCAGCACAGUUUAAUGUGCAGACAUAUUAAUAUUUGACUCUUAUUUCCCAGUGCUCUGAUGGAGAAGGAGAUUCUUCUUUUGGCCAAACAAGAGCAACAUCCGUUCCUCACUGGAUUGUUUGCCUCGUUCCAAACAGAGCAUCACGUUUGCCUCGCCAUGGAUUUAGCGGCUGGAGGCGAUUUAACAAAAGUCAUUGAUCAUCCGGAAUUCAACUAUAAAGCAGCAAUAUUUUACUCUUCGUGCAUUGUUCUGGGCUUGGAAUUCCUCCAUGAACACAACGUCAUCCAUAGGUAAGCCUUAAUGCAAGUAAAAGGGACAUGUGAUUUUAGCAGCAACAAGAGCCUGACCUUGUAUAAGACACAAGUGUAUAAGUCAAAGGGAACAUGGGCAGACUUUCUGUCAGCCAGGUAGGGAGUGGCUAUGCAUUGCUUCUACUCCUAACUGUCAUUUUCUCACUGGAGCGGCUCAGGGCAGUACAUAUGAGCAAUAAUUCUG